GUAAAUUAUUUAUGAUAUAAUAUUUCAAUUAGUUUAUGGGCUACUGGGCGCUCUGAAUAUCCUUCAUUGUGACUUGUUUGACAUAUUCUUCCCUUCUUUGACCUCCAUCUCGCUUGCUUUCUCUUGUAAUCUUAUUGAAAUCAUGAGAAACAUGAGAGUUUUCUCGAAUGUUGAUAACUUGAUGAAGCAAGUUUUUGAUAUCAUGCUGAAGAUUGUGUUUACACGAAGACAUCUCUGAUUUAAUUUUCCUAGUUCUCCGAAGGUCAAAAGCUUUAUCGCUAAUAUCAUAUGGGGAUAAGUCAUGAGAAUCAUCUCUUCCAACACGGGCCGUUAACGUUUUAGAAAGCCUGUCGAAAGGGACUUCACUACGGAACGCUGAAUUUGACAUAUUUUCUUCCAAAUGAGAUGACUUCUUUACACUAGAAACAAAAGCAUGUUCAUCCAGUAAUUCUUCUGACAAGUUUUCUUCAAAAUCUAGUUCUUUGUUCAUCUUUACUAAUUAUUAUGAAUAGCAUCAAUGAUAU